GUGUGAAGACCGGUACCGGCUCGCUGGACCAGUGUGACAGAAUUUCGCUCUUUUCGCCGACGAGACUCGAGGUGCGUGGCGACUCCAGGCCCCGAAAGAACACCAGAGAGGGAUACCAUGGGGCAAACAGUGAAUGAAGAGUCAACGGAUGCAAAGAAGGAGAAUCAAGAGAAAGCUCCUCAGUCAGGCACAUCUUCUGUGCAAAAUGAUGAUUUUCACUGGGAAAAUUACUUGAAAGAGACUGGAUCUUUAAGUGCUCCUUCAGAGUGUUUCAGACAGUCCAAGAUUCCACCAGCUAAUGACUUCAAAGUUGGUAUGAAAUUGGAAGCCCAUGACCCUCGCAAUAUGACUUCAAUAUGUAUCGCCACAGUCGUUGGAAUUACUGGUGCCAGGCUACGUUUAAGACUGGACGGUAGUGACAACAGAAAUGAUUUUUGGCGGCUUGUUGAUUCUCCGGACAUACAGCCUGUUGGGACAUGUGAAAAGGAGGGGGACUUACUUCAGCCUCCACUGGGGUACCAGAUGAACACAUCAUCUUGGCCAAUGUUCCUCUUGCGAACACUGAGUGGAUCUGAAAUGGCACCUGCAACAUUCUUUAAGAAGGAACCACCAAAGCCACCUCUAAAUAAUUUUAAAGUGGGAAUGAAACUUGAAGCUAUAGACAAAAAGAACCCUUAUCUGAUCUGCCCUGCAACUAUUGGAAAUGUUAAAGGAGAUGAAGUUUAUAUCACAUUCGAUGGCUGGAGUGGAGCUUUUGAUUAUUGGUGCAAGUAUGAUUGUCGAGAUAUUUUCCCAGUUGGGUGGUGUCGCCUGACAGGAGAUGUAUUACAACCACCAGGAACUCAUGUUCCUAUUACAAAGAAUAUAGCAAAGACACAGUCUUCUCCUUCCAAAGCAACCCAGCGUUCAAUGCAGUCGCCACAGAAAACUGCUGUAAUAUUACCAACACAGCAGAUCAGGAAAUCAGGUCGGAUUAAACCACCUCCACCUACUUCAGUCCCCAAGAAGGGGAGUUCUGUUAAAAAUAUCACACCAAAGAAAAAAGGCCCAAACUCAGGAAGAAAGGAAAAAUGUAUUCCUGUUGUAUGUUCCACAUCUUCAGCUCCUCUCAGUAUGCUGACCAGAGAACGUCGUGGUGUUUCAUAUGAUAAGGAUGCUGUUGCUGGGUCAUCUAAAAUAGUGAUGUCUACAGUCUGUGUCUAUGUAAACAAACAUGGAAACUGUGGCCCUCACCUGGAUCAGAAGAAAAUCCAGCAGCUGCCCGACCACUUUGGCCCAGGCCCUGUCAAUGUGGUGCUCCGGCGGACGGUGCAGGCCUGCGUGGAUUGUGCCAUUCAAAGUAAGACUGUUUUUGGAUUCCUUAAGCCAGAUCAUCGUGGAGGAGAAGUGAUAACCGCCUCCUUUGAUGGGGAAACUCAUUCCAUCCAGCUCCCUCCAGUGAACAGUGCAUCAUUUGCUCUUCGCUUUCUUGAGACCUUGUGCCACAGCCUGCAGUGUGAUAACCUUUUGAGUAGCCAGCCUUUUAGCUCUUACAGAGGUAAUGGUCAUAGUCCUGCAGAGCAUGAUCAAAAUAAAUCAGUAAAAGAAGAUACAACAGAAAAGAAAAGCACCAAACGACCUUCUCAGCAACCUCUGCCUUAUGUUGCUCCUCUCUCUCCUAAGCUCCCCAAAACAAAAGUGCAUGCCUCUGAAGAAGAAGUAUUAUCUUCUGAGGGAAAUGGCAUGGCCAAAGGGGAAAUGCUUUCUGAAGAGUCCAAGAACUUACCACUAAAUCCAGCAAGUUCUUUGAAUCCUGCCAGCAAAAGUCCUGUAAGCACUCAUACUCCAGUCUCCAGGAGUGUUUCUCAAAGUGUGCCAUGCACCUCGAGUUCAACACUGGUGGGGACCAAAUCACCUCCCAAGAGCAGUCACCAUGAAGUUACAUUCCAGAUGCAGAGGAAAAGUGAAGCUCCAAGUUAUAUAGCUGUACCUGACCCCAGUGUCCUGAAACAAGGCUUCUCUAAGGACCCUUCAACCUGGUCUGUGGAUGAAGUGAUACAGUUUAUGAAACAUAAAGAUCCUCAGAUAUCAGGCCCCCUCGCCGACCUCUUCAUGCAACAUGAGAUUGAUGGGAAGGCUCUGCUACUACUCAAAAGUGAUGUGAUGAUGAAGUAUAUGGGGCUGAAGUUGGGGCCAGCCUUAAAGUUAUGUUACUAUAUUGAAAAACUUAAAGAAGGAAAAUAUAAUUGAAAAAAAGUGUAUAAGUUUAGAUUAGACAUAAUUUUCAAUUGUCUUGAUAACUUUUUAAUUUAAAAGUAUUUUUAUUCUCGUAGCAGUUUUUGUUUUGUAGACGGUUCCUCUAAAACUACGUUAUAUCCAGAAUUGCAGAACUACAUUACAAGUCCAGUCUACUUCUUUAAAACACAUUAACAUGUUAGUAUUAGCAUAUUCAACUUGGCAGUCCUUUAUGUCUUAUUAUUAUUUUACACUUUACAGUUUAUUAUUUAAUUGUACAGUUUACAAAUAUACUUAAUGCAGGAAACAGAGAAACACCGUUGAUUUUGAUUAAUGUUUAUAUGUAAAACCAAAACAGCUACAUCCCAAAGGGGAAAGUAUCAGGGACUGACAGGCUCUCUAAUAAAAUCCAUGAGAAGUUUUCCUUAGAAAAGAAUUUAAAGAUGCAACUGUAGAUAUCAUCUCUUUUUCAAAUAUUUUAUGUCUGUUACUGCAAUGUUCUGUUCGUGU